AUGGAUCGUACUUGGAUGUAUAAUAGAGCAUAUUCCGAUAGACACGGAUUGAAAGAUGAGUUUGUUCGUGGGGUUAAAAAGUUUGUGAAGAAGGCUUUGAAUCAACCCAUUUGUAAAUCUGAGGGAGGGAUAAGGUGUCCGUGCAUAAAUUGCAAGUGUUGUAAGAUAAGUACAACAACUAGUGUAAGACUUCACUUAUAUCGAGAUGGAUUUCAUCCAGACUAUUGGAUUUGGACUCAACAUGGACAAGUGGAGCUCAAUAUUGAUACAAGGGGUGGCUCAAAUAGUAGUGAACAUGUGCGUCAAGCUGACCAGUUUGAGGCAAUGGAUCAAAUGGUGUAUGAUGCAUUUAGGCCUCAUGGAGGUUUCUCUCACGCGAAUGAUAACAGGGAACAAGAGGAAUUUUUGGAGGAUGAGUUUCCCAACGAAGAAGCUAAACAGUUUUAUGACAAGUUGAUAUCUUUCAACAAGCCUAUCUAUGAGGGAGCUACCCAGUCUAUGUUAUCAAUAUCUACUCAACUUCUUGAAAUUAGGUCUAACUGGCAUGUUCCACAAAAAGGGCUAAAGGUUAAGAAGAUUGAUUGUUGUAAGAAUGGUUGCAUGUUAUACUACAAGGAUGAUAGUAAGUUGUCUGAGUGCAAAUUUUGUAAUGCUCCUAGGUUCAUUCCUCGCAAGACUGGCAUGGUAAAGUACAAAGAUAUCCCAGCGAAGAGGAUGUUUUAUUUUCCAAUCAUUCCUAGAUUACAAAGACUAUAUGCAUCAACCGAGUCGGCAACUGAAAUGAGAUGGCACCAAAUGAACAAAAAUAGUUCCAACGUCCUUCACCAUCCGUCUAAUGGAAAAGCAUGGAAACAUUUUGAUGAUGUAUAUCCUGACUUUUCUAGGGAACCCAGAAAUGUAAGAUUGGGUUUGUGUUCAGAUGGAUUUACUCCUUACAUUCAAGCAUCUGCUUCUCCAUACUCAUGUUGGCCAAUAAUAGCUACUCUAUACAAUCUUCCCCCUGAAAUGUGCAUGACCUAA